AUGAAUCUUGACGAUGAUGCGACGAUAAUUGUUGCUCAGACUUCCUUGAAUGAAUUUCAGAUGAAGAGUUUAGCUGGUUAUGAUAAUUGGGUUCGGGUUGAGACUUUUGGUUUCAAUGGAGGUAUUUGGAUUUUAUGGUCAGAAAUAUUUUUUAAGUGGACGCUUGUGUCGAUGGAUCCGCAAUUUGUUACAUGCAAUGUGUUACUUGAUAAUGGGGACUCGUUGUUAGUAAGUUUUAUGUAUGCCAACCCUGACAUUAGUUUACGAAGACGUUUGUGGCAUUCGGUUUGGGGUUUCAAUGGAAGUGAGAAGAGUUGGUUACUGUUAGGCGAUUUCAAUUCUUUUGCGAGCGCGGUUGAUCAAACUGGCUAUGUUAAUGUUGACAGUGCUGGGGCUAGUGAUUUUCGACAAUGGAUUUUUGAUAACUCACUUAUUGAUUUGGGUUUUAAAGGUACUCCUUUUACUUGGAGUAAGGGUGGUAUUAAUUCUUCUUAUAAAGCUGUUCGAUUGGACCAUUGCUUGUGUACUGAGAUUUGGCAUACGAUAUUUUCUAGAGUUACAGUUAUUAAUGCUCCAAAGUUGCAUUCUGAUCAUUGUCCUAUUUUUAUGAAUUGCUUUGGAGUUACAAAUUCUUCUGUUCGUCGUUUUCAUUUUCAAACAGCUUGGACAGCUCGCAAAGAUUUUAUUGAUGAAGAAUUAUAUUGGUUUCAACAAUCUAGUGAGGACUGGAUUGUUUUUGGUGAGAGAAAUACUAGGUUUUACCAUCUUUCUACUGUGAUUAAACGCAAGAAGCAGCAAUUUCUCAAGUUGAAAAAUGGGAACAAUGUGUGGAUUGAAGAUUCUAGUCAACUUAAAGAGCUUUCUCGUGGUUACUAUCAGGAGCUGUAUUCAAAAGAUUUGGCAAUUGACUGUAGCCAUUUCGUUAGACCUGAUGGGCAUACUCUUUCUUCUUCUCAACGGGUGCUUCUGCAUCGUUCUUUCUCUCAUGAUGAAGUGUAUGAUGCUUUGCGCCUUAUGUCUCCUUACAAGGCUUCAGGAACCGACAAUCUACAAGCAUUCAGACCAAUUAGCUUAUGUAACGUGAUCUACAAGCUUGUAACAAAAGUGUUGGUUAACAAACUGAAAGAUGUUUUGAGCUCUCUCAUUGGACCUGAACAAAGUAGCUUUGUUCCUGGUCGACAAAUUAUUAAUAACAUUGUGGUGUUUCAAGAAGUUUUGCACACUAUGAGAACUUCUAAGUGA